AUGGAUGUUUCCCCCCCCGUCAUUUGCCCAAGGUUGGCCGCUAGAACGGUCCUGCGGAAAUGUGCUGCAGCUGCACGGAGUAGCGCAUGCAAAGUGGUGUAUGUUCCUGAACCGCACAUGGUACCUUACCUUACCUCACGGAUAAACUCGCUCGACUCCCCUCAAUCAACUGGACAUUGGUGCUCGCUUAGUCUACCAACAUUGGUCCCGUUUCCUGCACUACUGCCGCAUCGGCCUGCCGUAGAUGUUAGCAAGCCCCCUCAGGUCAGUCGCGAGGUGCAUGACAGAUCCUCCCCUCAGAGAAUGGCCGGAAGUUGCGUACCUAACUGA